AUGACGACCGACCAGCUCAAGAUCCCCAUACCGGAGGUGCAGCAUGACGAGUUGCUCUUCGAUGGCGGCGAAAAAAACAAUCAUGUAACAGAAGUUCAUCCAGACAUUCAACGCUUUAGCCCAGAAGAGCAGAAGAAGAUCCUUCGUCGUAUCGAUUGGCGCAUUUUGCCAAUUGUCGGCGCGGUUUAUUUCAUCUCCAUCAUGGAUCGAAACAACCUUGGUAGCGCAGCUAUAGCAGGGAUGACCAAGGACCUCGAACUCAGUGUUGGAAUGCGCUAUUCUAUUCUCACGCUGUCCUUUUUCCCUACUUACAUUCUUUUCGAACUUCCUUCGACUGUAGUCAUCCGUUGGAUCACCCCCCGCUGGCAUUUAUCCACAAUCUGUCUGACCUGGGGAGUCUUGCUGAUCAUCAUGGGCUUCCUGAAUGAUUGGAAAGACAUGGUGGGCUUGAGAGUCAUUCUUGGAUUCCUCGAAGCUGGCUUCUUUCCAGGGUGCAUGUAUUUCUUAAGCACUUGGUACACUCGCUACGAAAUGCACAAGAGGUAUUCGCUCUGGUAUUUUAUGGGUUCAUCUGCUUCGGCCUUUGCUGGUAUCCUCGCCUAUGGCCUGAUGCAAAUGGAUAGCCUCCAGGGGCUCGCUGGCUGGAGAUGGAUCUUCAUCAUGGAAGGCGUUAUCACUCUAAUCAUUGCAAUCAUCGCCUAUGCUGUCCUGGUCGGCUUUCCAGAGAGUAAUAAACGGUACUACAAAUUCCUCAACGACGAGGAGGUCAAGUUCGUGCUGGCUCGUAUAAACGCAGACCGCGAAGAUGCCGAGCUGAAGGAGGCGUUUAGUCUCAAAAGAUACUUUGCCCACGGCUUGGAUUGGAAGCUAUGGGCGUUUGCCUUGAUCUUCUGUAUGACCCUGAUCGUCACCUACUCUUUUGCCUACUUCUUGCCCAUCAUCCUGCAGCAGAGGAUGGGCUUCUCGAUCGCAGCCGCGCAGUGUCUCAUAGCGCCGCCUUACUUCACAGCAGGAUUAUGGAUGUUUGUGACGGGAUGGAUAGGUGACAGGUAUAAGAUGCGAGCACCCAUCUUGUUGUUCCAUGGUGUGCUAGCAUGUAUUGGCCUGCCGCUCAUGGCCUUCACGAAAAACAACGGGUCCAUGUACUUUGGUGCAUUCCUCUCAACUGUUGCUGUCAAUGCGAAUAUACCGUGCAUCAUGGCAUAUCAAGCCAACAAUAUUCGUGGACACUGGAAGAGAGCAUUCUCCAGUGCGCUAUUUGUCGGCAUGGGUGGUGUAGGUGGCAUCGCAGGCAGCUUGGUCUUCCGAUCGAAAGACGCUCCGGGAUAUCUGCCCGGUAUCAUUGCCUGCAUCGUCUCGCAGGGCAUCAUGAUCGCCAUCUUGCUGGUGACGAGCCUGAUUUUUAUGAGACAGAACCGGAAGGCAGAUGCUGGCCAGGUCGUGAUUGAAGGCUUGCCAGGGUUCAGAUAUACAAUAUAA